GUUUGCUUUUGCUUUAAUCGUCAGUAAUGGAAGAAACGAACGCUUACAACGAAGCUUUGAUUUACGAAGUGAGAAAACAUCCCUGGCUUUAUGAGAGUGGUCGGCCAGACUACAAAGACACCUUUAAAAGAAAUAAUACGUGGACGAAAAUCGACAGAACGCUGAAUGUUGGUGAAGGAAAGUCCCGUAAACGAUGGACAAGUUUACGGGACCAGUACCAAAGGAAAAGAAGAGAAAAGUUCGCUUACAAGCCGAGCGGCACUGGUGGAGGUUGCAGGAUAAAAAAGUGGAAGUUUUAUGAGCUGCUGGAGUCGUUUUUGGAGCCGAGCAUUCCGGCAGCGAAUCCUGCCGGAAAUUUAGAAGACAGCUUUAGUGAGCCUCAAGUUUCUGAACCAAGCUGUUCUGGUGCAGUUUCCCAUGAAGAAGCAUUUAUUGACAUUGAGGCGGAAAGCAUAGCGAAAGGUAGUGUUACUGAGAACACUAAUAAUGAAAAUGAAAAAGCACCAAAGAAGGUUAAACAGAUAAACUACCAUCAUGAGCUGGUCAAAUGCCUCAGCGCCCCAGAUGAUAUUGUGGACAGAAGUCCACAAUAUCAUUAUUGCAUGUCCCUUAUCCCGCGAUUGAAAAAUCUCUCACCUGUAGAUCAGGGCUUGGUGAAGAUUGAAAUUGAACGAAUAUUUUUAAAUGUGGAAGCUAAGUUGUUAGAUGAGCAAGACGGAAGCAACUGA